ACCCAGACUCCCACCUCUCUCGCUUUCUCGUUGUCAGCUCCAACCAACGGGAGGACAGAGAACAGAUAGAGUUCUGUUCUUCUCCAAACCUUUCCCUCUAUUUGCUCAUCAGCUGGACUAGUGCUUCAUCCAGCUGCCCAGAACAAUGGCUGCUUCCUCAUCACUCACUGUCUCUCAGUCUCUCGUGGGUCGCACCAGAGCCCACCAUGGCUCCACCACCACCACCCACUCUGAUCGUCUUUCCCUCCCUGGUUUCAGCCUCAGCACCCUCGCCGGCCGAGGUAUCAAGUCCUCUUCUUCUCCAUCUUCUCUCGUCGUUGGUUCUCGCAAGCGUGUCAAUUCUCGAUCCGCGGUCCGUGCAGCCGCCGUGGAGACUCUUGACAAGACCGACACCACCUUGGUGGAGAACUCCAUUAAUACAAUUCGGUUCCUCGCGAUCGAUGCUGUAGAGAAGGCGAAUUCUGGUCACCCUGGUUUGCCCAUGGGGUGUGCUCCCAUGGGUCAUAUUUUGUAUGAUGAGGUGAUGGAGUACAACCCCAAGAAUCCGAAGUGGUUCAACCGUGACCGCUUUGUGCUGUCUGCUGGACAUGGCUGCAUGCUUCAGUACGCUUUGCUUCACCUUGCUGGAUAUGACAGUGUUAAGGAAGAAGACUUGAAGAGUUUCCGUCAGUGGGGGAGCCAAACUCCUGGUCAUCCCGAGAACUUUGAGACUCCUGGUGUCGAAGUCACCACUGGUCCUCUCGGUCAGGGUAUUGCCAAUGCAGUUGGCUUGGCCCUCGCAGAGAAGCACUUGGCUGCCCGCUUCAACAAGCCUGACUGUGAUAUUGUUGACCAUUACACAUAUGUUAUACUAGGGGAUGGUUGCCAAAUGGAGGGUAUUGCAAAUGAAGCCUGUUCCCUUGCUGGACAUUGGGGACUUGGAAAGCUGAUUGCCUUCUAUGAUGACAACCACAUCUCCAUUGAUGGUGACACAGAUAUUGCAUUCACUGAGAGCGUUGACACCCGUUUCGAAGGUCUAGGGUGGCAUGUCAUUUGGGUGAAGAAUGGUAACACUGGUUAUGAUGAAAUCCGUGCUGCCAUCAAGGAAGCAAAGGCUGUCAAAGACAAACCGACCUUGAUCAAGGUGACCACUACUAUUGGUUAUGGAUCUCCAAACAAGGCAAAUUCAUACAGUGUUCACGGAAGUGCAUUGGGUGCCAAAGAAGUUGAUGCCACGAGGAAGAACCUUGGGUGGCCAUAUGAGCCUUUCCACGUGCCUGAGGAUGUCAAGAAGCAUUGGAGCCGUCAUGUCCCUGAAGGUGCUGCUCUUGAAGCUGAAUGGAAUGCCAAAUUUGCAGAGUAUGAAAAGAAAUACAAGGAGGAAGCUGCAGAGCUGAAGUCACUCAUUUCUGGCGAACUGCCUGCUGGUUGGGAUAAGGCUCUUCCGACUUACACUCCAGAGAGCCCUGCUGAUGCCACCAGAAAUCUAUCUCAACAAUGCCUUAAUGCACUUGCAAAGGUUCUGCCUGGGCUUCUUGGUGGCAGUGCAGAUCUUGCUUCCUCCAACAUGACCUUGCUGAAGAUGUAUGGGGACUUCCAAAAGGACACACCUGAGGAACGAAAUGUCCGAUUUGGUGUGAGGGAGCAUGGAAUGGGUGCUAUCUGCAAUGGGAUUGCUCUGCACAGCCCUGGCCUCAUUCCUUAUUGUGCAACCUUCUUUGUGUUCACAGAUUACAUGAGAGCUGCAAUUAGGAUCUCAGCUUUGUCUGAAGCAGGAGUUAUCUAUGUGAUGACCCAUGAUUCAAUUGGUCUUGGAGAGGAUGGGCCAACCCAUCAGCCUAUUGAGCAUUUGGCAAGCUUCAGGGCCAUGCCCAACAUUUUGAUGCUUCGCCCAGCUGAUGGGAAUGAGACUGCUGGUGCAUACAAGGUUGCAGUCCUCAACAAAAAGAGACCCUCGAUUCUAGCUCUCUCCCGGCAAAAGCUUCCCCAGCUUCCAGGGACAUCCAUUGAAGGAGUUGAAAAGGGAGGUUAUAUUAUAUCAGAUAAUUCUUCAGGCAACAAGCCAGAUGUCAUCUUGAUUGGUACUGGUUCUGAAUUGGAGAUUUCUGCUAAGGCUGCUGAUGAACUCCGCAAGGAAGGAAAGGCUGUGAGGGUAGUUUCUUUUGUUUCCUGGGAGUUGUUUGAUGAGCAGUCUGAUGCAUACAAGGAAAGUGUCCUCCCAGCAGCUGUUUCUGCCAGGGUUAGUAUUGAGGCAGGAACAACGUUUGGGUGGGAGAAGAUUGUUGGAAGCAAGGGAAAGGCAAUUGGUAUUGAUCGGUUUGGUGCAAGUGCACCAGCAGGAAAAAUAUACAAGGAAUUUGGUAUAACAGCAGAGGCUGUUAUUGCUGCAGCUAAAUCAAUGUUAGGCUAGUAUUUGGUGUUCCAUCAUCUUCAGCUUCUUUGGCAUUUUAGUUUUGGGUCUUCUUUCCCCAAGUUUGAAAAAUACAGUAGAGAAGAGGCUACUUUUGGAGAUUGAGCCAGUAAAUGGCUUCUUGGAUGAUAAUAAUAAGAAAAGAAAAAAGAAAAGAAACUUUUUCCCUUGCCUCACAUGUUCUUCUUUGAAGAAGUUGUCUCCAAACUGAAUCAGGACGAAGAUGAAUUUUCAUGCUAUGUGUAACACCAUCUCUCUGAAUCUACUUGAGUUUUGUAAUUUUUCAAGGUUAUUGCGUAUGGAGCUUCUAAUUAUUCUGAAUUACAUUUUUUCCUUAAAAAGAAAUCCUUCCUUUUA